AACAGUAGCCUUGUGUGCUUUCAUCGUGUACGGAGCGAGGUUGUGCACCAGUGUUAUCCUGGCAUUCUGUCAAAACACUCGUCUUUUUUUCUUCUGCAUAUCAUCGCCAUUACAAAGCGUAUACAAGAAAGAAGCAUAGUGAUUAUAUGUGGAAAAUAUUCAAAGAACUUGAAAGUGAAUCGUUGUAUAUACGCAUCACGCGGGGAUUAUAUAGUUGUGUUAUGAUCCAUUUUGUAUAGACGUUGCGAUAGCGGAGCAUAUCGCUGGUAUGAUACAGUGAAGAUACUAGCACGUGUCAAAUCUAUCUAAAUAUCAUCCAGCGGACAAAUGCACGUGUAAAACGUGUCUUGAUACGUGAAGUUAUAAUUAACUUUCAGGAACAUACUAGAGGCAUUCGUCGGGAGAACUAGUGUACAUAAAUUUGUGUCUGUAUAUCACCAUCGUCUAGAAAACGAAAAUGGCAGGAGCUGUCGAACUUCCCAGACUGACCGAGGGCUAUCUCGGACCUCAGGCUAAAUUCUUUCCCUAUGGACUGACGACAUUGUCUCACUCAGAACCGGUCAUCCAUUCUGAUUCCAAUCGGGUCGAAAUUGUAAUCGGUACCUCUCAACCGAUGCGCUUCAUGACAAAAUUACUUGGAGUUAACCCAAAGGGGGAAUGCAAUCAAUUCGUGUUUACGCAAAAACAAGGCGACGAGUUUCAUUUCACAAUCGCUGUUCCAAGAUUGGGAUUCUUCAAAUUCCAAAUAUACGCGCUACCGAACAAUGAAGCCGGACCGAACAUGAUUAACGUGUAUAACUACUUACUGAAUGUUCAACAGACGGACACUUACGUGGAGGCUUUCCCUAAACAGUACCCGCUCUGGAAACAACAGGGCUGUUAUGUGUUCGAACCCGUUAUGAUCAUGAAGGGCCAGCGGGACCCGGUAAAGUUCAAGUACUACAUACCGGUCGCUGUUAACGUGCAGAUCAAGGUCGGGGAGGAUUGGAACCAGUUGGAGGAGGUGGAAGCCGGUACCGGUAUUUACGAAGGUUUGGUAGACUUUAGUCAAGGUUACCCCGCGGGUACAAAGGUCAGGCUGAACGUGAAGUCGGGUCGGACCCACAAAUAUGACAUUCUUCUGGAAUACACCAUUUGAAGAAUUGCCAUGUUUUUUUGGAACUUGUACAACAUUUGUUUGGCCAGAAAUUUUGUGCUGAUGUUAUGAAACAACUGCGUUGUCUACGUAAUCUUUUGCACAUCCGACCCAUGUUGAACGACCAACCGUGCCAAUAAAUGCUGAAGUGCACGUGAAUGCUCGACGUCUGGGCGGUAUAUGAGUUAGCUAGGAGUGAUAUGCUGGCUCUGUUGUACGCGUUUUCUCAGAACGUCUUAUCUAUCACCAAGGAUUCUGACACCAUGAAAGAUACAACAGGUAGAUAAAUAUACGUAUCCAAACCAUUCUAUCUGUUAUAUCGCUUUAUCAUGAAUCUUUAUUAUUUACAUCUGUCUAUUACAUAUACUUCUCGGGAGCCUGGGUGAUAGAUACGCCGGUUUUGGAUAUCGCUCAACUCUUACAAUAAUCAUCAGGUUUCAAAGACACCAGUAAGGAUGUGAGCUAGUCGUCGGAUCCAACAUUUCACGAACUGAUGAUAGUUCGUGGUCAUUUAGCCUUUACCAUAUAUUAUGUAACUUAUGUGUGGAGUGUUUCCGUAUGCUAAAAUCCUUAUGAUCAGAAAAUGUGCUUCUCCAUGAAUUUGUUCAGUAAUUACUACUGUAGCAGGCACUAGCGCAGCAAACUAAAUACAUUUUGAGCCGACCGAUGUCCAAAAUUCCUGGUUGGUUGUAGAGAAACGGCAGUCUAGUAUAGUCUUUUUGCGUGUAAAUUAUGGACACUGCAUAUCACAUGUAGACCGAGGGUGGAGUCCAAAUCAGUUCCAUAAAUGUAUAUACGUAUACAUCUUAAAAUUGUUAAACUCUUCAUUUUACAAAAUAUAUACACUGCAUGGCGAAAGUGUUGUACUAUUUGUUUUAGUGUAUAAUGAGUUUAAUUUAUUUCAUUGUAAAUCAUGUUAUACCAUCUCGAAUUGUAUCAUGUAUAAAAAGAAAAAAUCUUAACAAUACGUCUUGAGCGCAUCUCAUCAAGGAGAUUCUUCAGACUUAUAUAGAUCUACGUCCGAAUUUUUUUUUUCUUUUUUUUUUUUUUUCUAUUCAGUAUCAGACCACAGAUGAUCCGGUGAUGUAAAAUUUCAAAAUAAAAUAAAACUGAUUGGACGUAGAGCUACGGUUUCCGCCGCUAGUAUAUAAUAUACACGUACAUAAUGUAUAAUUAUGUUUUAUCGAAGUUAAGAAUUUAAGGAGUGAGCUUGUAUAAGCUUUAAGUGUUGUUCGAUUCCUUUUGUCUAUAAAACAAAAUAUUCUGAAUUGAAAACUGAUCACUACCUUUUAUCCUUAGUAUAUCAUUGUUAUCCAUACAGACUUGAUCUGUACGUGUGUGUAUUUGAUACACGAUACCUUACAUGCUCCUCUGUUUUACCGGAACAAUGCAUUUUUAUAGCACACACAAUGGCAUAUCUGUACGAAAUCUCGUUAUUAUUGAAGGACUUGCUACAAUGACGAUUAUGUAAAAUGGAAAUGUUUCCUGUCGUUAAUGGGGCAAGUUAGAACGAUGCUUGUCAUUGCCUUGUCGUGUUUCUGUGGAAUGACGAAUACAUCACAGGGACCCGAGAAUUGGUUACAGUUCGUAUGUUUGGACAUAUCGGAUCAGCACCCUGGAUACCCCC